AUGGAUCAAGCGGAUUCUUUUGUGGCAGCUACGUGGGACGACGAAAUGGGACUGUUUUCGACUCGUAUUACCUUGCCAGGGGAUACGUAUUUUCUGGAGAUCACGCUGUUCCAUCGUCUGAAUGCGCUAUACCAAUCGGCCAAAUUCUUAUUGGACGAAACUGUCGAAGAGGCUGGUUACGGUUUCCUGUUAGCGGAUAUCAUCAUCCAUGACACUUGGACUAAAAAGUUGGGACAUUACAACGCCCCGUCCGAUGUGGGCGGAAAGGCCUGGACUGCUGUAUCCUUAUCUAAUUUCACUCGAGGUAACGAGUCCCGUGGACAUCAUGGAAUUCCUUAUAGUGCGUUCCUCGUUGCUUCAUGCUUGGAUGCCGCCAGAGAGCUCGAGGGAGUUGAUGCUAUUCCCAGCCGCAACUGACGACAAGCAACGCGAUCAGCCAGAAACGAUAGAUGCAACUACUGGCAUGGAAUGGCUACAAAAAUGGAGACAGCAGCCAACCUGGGCAACACGGUGACCCUCUUCCGACUUAUUCGAUCAGCAUCGGGCAAGAAACAGGUCGCCCACUAUGUGCUGCGCAGUGCCUCCGUCAAACAGAACAACGAGGAGUUUUACGCGAAUACAGGUUGGACCACUUACGUGGAUCAUAGCGGACGCCGAUUGCUGAAUGCCAUGGCUGAGCUGAUUACCGCGCAUGAACUGGGACAUAAUUGGGGUGCGGCACACGAUCCGGACACGGACGAG